ACGUUCAUAAUCCGAUCAAAUGAUUCAUGUCACCGUUCCCAAUGGACCCGCCGUUGCAAGGCCCAAACAACCAACACGACGACGUUUUCUUCGACGCGCUUCCUCAGUGCCCCUUCCACCAUUGCUCCGGCGACGCCGAUAAAUCGCCGGAAUCUUCCUGCUCUGCUUCCAUUAUUUGCGAUCCUGACCCUCCCUCUCCAUUUCCGGCCACCACAGUCCGCCGCCGUUCAACUCGCCGUCGGUCACCGGUUAGGGAAUCCAAUGGCUCCGACGGUAAUUCGGUGAACGGUGCCGAAACAAAAUUCCGGAGCAAUCAAAAUUUUGAAACUUCGAAGGAAAAUGAGAAUCUUCUCGAGAAAUGCUAUUCAAAUCGAGAGAAAGUUCGUCCCUUUCAAUCCCCGAGUGUUGUCACCGAAGAGAGAAGCGAGGAAUCAACGCUAACCACAGCUGAGAACGACGAUGGACCCGGCGAUUCCGCUGACUCGGCGGCGGAACUUGGUGAUUCCCCUUCGAAUUCGCUUGAAUAUGUUGCUGCUUUGGUGAUUAGGGCAAUUAUGUUUCAAAUUAAGAUUUUCAUUGUGUUGAUGAAGUGCCCAAUGUUGUUCAUGUUACACGCUUGCAUGUUUUUUGUGGACCCUUUUGGAACAAUUAGAAAGGGGAAGGGUUAUUUUGUGGAAAUUUUGGGUGAAGUGUGGUGCUGGGUUUGUGGUUGCCUUGGUCCUUCAGUUCAGGGAUGGUUCAAAGAGCACAAGUCGUUAUGGAAUGCUGUAUUUAGGUGUGGAUGGGGUUUGUUGUGGUCAAUCUAUGUUUGUUUCAUUUUGUUUGCUCUUUUGGUUUCCUCACUUGUGGUUGGUUGGUUUUUGGUGAAGUGUUUGGUGGAGAAGCCGUUUCAGAUGAGGCAAGUUUUGAAAUUUGAUUACACCAAGCAGAGUCCUGUUGCAUUUGUGCCCAUAAUGUCAUGUGCUGGUGUUGGAGGUGGCCAAGAUUAUGAGAAUGACAUGGCAGUUAGUAGGUGGACGAGUAAAAGGGUUAUACCUGCUAAUCAGAAAGUGCUGGUAACUGUGUCAUUGCUAGUUCCAGAGUCAGGAUACAACACAAAUCUUGGUGUUUUUCAGAUCAGGGUAGACUUCUUGUCUUCUGAUGGCAAAACAAUUGCAAGUUCAAGCCAACCUUGCAUGUUAAAAUUCACAAGUGAGCCUAUCCGCGUAAUCAUGGUGUUCCUCAAGAUUGUACCACUGGUUACCGGUUAUAUAUCAGAAACCCAGACCCUGAAUGUCAAGAUGAGAGGUUUUGUUGAAGGGCAUGUACCUACUUCAUGCUUAAAAGUAACACUUGAGCAGCGAGCAGAAUAUCCACCUGGUGCUGGCAUUCCUCAAAUAUAUGAUUCAUCUGUAGUUAUUGAAUCAGAACUUCCCUUAUUCAAGAGGAUUAUAUGGCAUUUGAAGAUGGGCAUAUUUGCAUGGAUCACAAUGAUGACAUUCAUGAUGGAGUUACUCUUAUUACUCUUAGCCCUAGUGUGUUGCUGGCCUAUAAUGAUUCCAAGAACCAGGCAAAGGAGUGGUUCUGAAAGUGUUACUGGUGCCCAUUCGUGACAGUAAUGGAAGAAUACCCCCACCCCAAUAGUAUAACCUGGCAUAUUCUGACAUGUAGAUCUAUAUUUAGUGAGGCAUCCUAACUUAAAUUCUUUCUUUCUUAAAUUUCCUUUUCAAAUCACAAUGUACAUGUUUAAUUGCACAUUAUGUAUAAUAUAUUUUGGCCAAAUCUAUGUCCAUAUAGCUGGCCAACAAUUUUG